AACUGAAGAGGCUCCCGGCGGAGCAAAAACCCUGACUGCCGUGGCGAGGGAGUGACCAGUCACCGGUGCCGCAAGCAAGCAAGCUGCAGGUCCUCUUCUUCGCUGUUUUCCGGUCGACAGACUUCCCGAUAUUCUUUGGCUGCAGGAUUCCUUGAGCUAACUUGUGAAGAGAAGGUGAGAGUAAAGAAGGGUGAUGAAACAAAAUAAGGGAGAUGAAAUCGAGGGGGGAGAAGAAAAGAUAAAGGUUUUAUGCUUGAAACAAGCAAGUGAUGAGCCAAAGCUUAGCAGAAUUUCUUCAGGACACGGGAAGCAGGGAUCAGAAUUGGGAGUAGAUCAGGUGGCAAUGUAUCUCCCUGGGAUUGCAUUGCCACCAUCCAGUCCAGACUCCAAAGCUGGGGUGAUUUUUGUUCUUGAGAAGGCUUCGUUGGUUCUUGCUAAUGUUGGACGAAGGUAUCGUAUUUUGAACGCAAAUGAGCAUUCCGACUACUUAAGGAAGAAGAACAUGGAUCCAUACAAGUACAGACCUGAUAUUGUUCAUGAGGCUCUCGUCGGAAUUAUGGAUAGCCGGCUCCGUAUGGCUGGUAAGUUAAAGGCAGUGUACAUCAAGACAGAUGAAGGGAUUUUGAUUAAAGUUGAACCUAAUGCUCGAAUUCCGAGGACAUUGGAAGAAUUCUGUGAUAUGAUGGCUCAGUUGUUGCAGAAAUUGAGCAUCAAAGCCAAAGGGAAGGGUGGGAAAUUAUUGCGGUUGGUUCAAAAUCCAGUAACUCAGUACUUUCCUGUAAACUCCAUUGCAAUAGGUCUCUCAUUUGUUUCGCAGAAGGCACUCCCCAUAGAGGAGUACAUUAGCGGAGUCAACGAGGACAAUGACCUCAUUUUUGUGGUUGGCACUAUGGCCCAUGGUAAAAUCGAUAGCGACUACGUUGAUGAUCUUGUAGCAGUUUCUAGCUACCCAUUGACUGCUGCUGCAUGUUUGAGAGACAUAGCCAUUGCAUUAGAGAGCAAAUGGAGAAUCCACUGAUAAUAUUGUUCAUCCUACUGGGAUCAGGUUGUGCUGAUGGUUCCUUUGCUGACUUGAUGACUAUUUCAAGGUGGCCGCCCAGAAGCACAACUCCAUUGGUUAAUGUGUUUGGCCUAAAUUUAAACAAUGUUUUCAUAAUGUACCUGCAAAAUUAUACCCAAAAAAAAAAGUCACGAGCAACUUAAUAUUUCAACGGAUUAUCAGGAAACCUUUCAAGUUUUCAACGGUUGCUAUGAAAAAGCAGGGUAAUUGCAAAGGUGAAUCCCCCAAACGACAAUCAUGCCUUCUGUUAUGGAGCAAAAGCGAGAAACCAAAACCCCACACCCUCUUCCUAUUUAAACCGCACACACACAACCUAAACGACCCUCAAACCACGCGCACCGAAUUCCCCCCACAACAUAAUCAUGACCCGCACCACCACCGCACUCCUCCUCCCCCUCCUUCUCGCCGCCGCCGCCGGCGCCGGCGAUGACCACGGCAACUCCACCACCACGGACUACAUCCGCUCCAGCUGCAACGCCACGCUGUACCCUGACCUCUGCUACACCUCCCUCUCCCGCUACUCCGCCGCCGUCCAGCAGAGCCCCCGCCGCCUCGCACGCGUCGCCAUCGGCGUCGCCCUCUCCAAAGUCCGCCGGACCGCCUCCUUCCUCGCCAACAACGCCUCCGCCCUAGCCGACUACGGCUCCGACCGCCGCGCCGCCGCCGCCCUCCACGACUGCCGCUCCAACCUCGGCGACGCCGCCGAGGAGAUCCGCGGCUCCCUGAAGCAGAUGCGGCAGCUGGGCGCCGCCGGGGCGACGGAGGAGGCGUUCCGGUUCCAGAUGAGCAACGUGCAGACGUGGAUGAGCGCCGCGCUCACCGACGAGGAGACGUGCACGGACGGAUUCCAGGACGUGGCCGACGGGGAGGUCAAGGCGGCGGUGUACGCGCGUGCGGCGGAGGCGAAGAAGUACACCAGCAAUGCGCUUGCGUUGGUGAACACUUACGCCGCCGCCGGAACUCCGUAGCUUCUUUCUCGCAACUUAGUAUGUAUAAUAAUGUCUCUAUUAACGUAGUCUUUCUUUUUUUUGUUUUCAAAUUAUUUCAAUAUAACCCAUGAUAUGAACCACAUAUAUGUUGAUGAACGAUUAUUGAAGAGCGGCGAGUGUUUUUCGUACAUCGAUGAUGUAUUUCCAAAGCGAUCGUGAUUGAGAAUGUUGAGACCAAGGCGGUACAACUGAACCGGCGUACCGAUGGAGAAAAUUUCAUAUUGGAGUCUGAAUCGGUAGGCGGUUUUUAGUUGUAUGAAAUGGUAGAACUAUGGCGUGAGAUGACGAUUUGAAC